AUGUCUGAAAACGUUUUCUUCAACACUCUCGCAAAGUCCUUCACAGAUGUCACGAUCACCGACGCUGGCGUCGAUACAAUCGCGUUUUUGGAAGCAUCAGAAGGAAUCGUGCAGUUGUUUAAUUUGCUCGGAUCAGCGGCCUUCGCUCCUGUCAAGGCCGACAUUAGCGGCAACAUCACUAAAGUCCGCACUAGAUACCUCGCAGCACCCACGAUAUCUGCAACGCUCGAGUCUCUUGUCGAGAAUGAAAAGGGCGAAAAGAAACGUACCGCGACCGAAGGUUUAUUGUGGUUGUUGCGCGGUCUUCAGUUCACUUGUAUCGCCCUGCAACGCUCCGUAGCAGAUAAGAAGGAAGAGCUUUCCAUUAGCUUUACAAAGGCUUACGAAGACACCUUGAAGAAAUUUCACAAUUUUGUCGUGCGUCCCAUCUUCGCGCUUGCAAUGAAAGCAUGCCCUUCCCGUGCCGAUUUCUAUCCCAAGCUCGGAUCGCCUCCAGACAAAGUCGAGACUGAACUCAUAGCUUGGCUCGCCGCACUUGAUAAAAUCGUCAAGCGCGUUCAAGAGUUUUACGUUAAAGGUGGUCACGAUAAAGGCCUCUAG